AAAAUAUUCCAUCUGAAUUCCACAAUUGUUUAAAAUCAAACUAAAAACAAAAAGUACAUUCCAACAGAAUUUCUAGCAUACAGAAAAAGUUUUUAUUUAUUAUUUUUUUUUUGCCAAAAGAAAACAACAAUAAUUAAAUAUUUCUCCCUAUCACUCUCCACUAUCUCUCUCUGGAAAACCCACAGAUAUUGAAUUCAAGAAGAGCCAAUCUAAAUUCCAAAAGGAUUUAGUUGAUUUUGUCUUCUUUCUUCAUCACGAUUAGUAUUGAUAAUGUCUUCAUUGCCUUAUAGUUCUUGGCCUCUGAUACUGUUGUUAGCAUUAUGGUGCAUGGUAGCUAGAGAAUCAAACGGAGCUUCCAACAAUGUAAAAGUUGGAAGCAUUUCAAAGGUGGAAGAUGCUGAGAAUUUCCAUAUCUAUUAUGGACAGACUUUUAAAGUCAUCAAGAAUGCCAUUGAUGGCAAGAGCUAUCUCCUUAUUCAGAACACUUCUAGAAUGGCGGUUCGGACAAAGUAUUGUACUUCCAGGAUAAAGUCUUAUGUGAUUCCACUUCUAAAUUACUCAUUAGACACUCAAUCUUCUCAAGGAGGCGUUCCGGUUUCUUUCUUCGAGUUACUUGGAUUACUCGGAAGCUUGAAGGGAAUAACAUCCGAUGCGGUAGCUUCACCGUGUCUUCUGAAACUGUGUGAGGCAGGGGAAGUAGUUAAGCUUGACAAAGGUGACCAACAAGGGCAGGUAUUAUCUCAAUUCGCGGCGCAUUUCAUCAGCGACACGGAUCAACCUCAGACUUGCAAUUUUGCAAACUUUUUUCCACUUAGUGAAGGCACACCUCUUCAGCGAGCGGAGUGGAUCAAAUUCCUUGGAGCUUUUACCAAUCUUGAAACUAAAGCCAAUCAAGUCUAUGACGCGGUAAAAGCAAGCUAUACUUGCUUGUCUCAAAUGGCUUCCAACAAGACAAAAUCAUUCAAGCCGAUUGUAGCCUGGAUGGGAUAUGAUCAAAAUGGAUGCAUGUGGAGUUUUACUAAGGAUUCACACAAGCUCAAGUUUGUAGAAGAUGCGGGUGGUGAAAACAUCGACAAAUCUAUUAAUAAGGUUUCUUACAAUGUCUCUGAUCCUGAUGAUUUGGAAGCACUCCACGCCAUUUUAUGUACUGUAGAUGCGGUGAUCGAUGAAACGGUAUCAUCUGACCCUCAAAAUUACACACAGACAACGUUCUUGGGGAACAUAAACGUGGAUGAUAACUCUUGUUUUGCGUUUCUUGCAAAUCAAAGCAUUUGGAGAUAUGACAAACGGGUCAGAAACGGAACAACUCUUGACUGGUAUGACGGAGCAAUCUCGCAACCAAAUCUAGUACUCGCUGACAUUGUUGAAGCCUUGUUUCCAACGGGAAACUAUACAACUUCGUACUUUAGAAAUAUUGCUAAGGGUGAAGGAGUCAUAAACAUUAGUCCGGAUAUGUGUGAUAGAGACGCAUCAUUUCCGUUAGUUCCUACAAUUCCAGCUUGUGGAUGAUAUGUUCCUAUUCUUUCAAGAGCAUUCCCCAACAAGCAUCGAACGUAUUAUUUGAUAAUGAUAGUUGUUAGAGAUUUUUGAUCUUGUCCAAGAUUACUAAGGAAUUAUGCAUUGGCAAAAAUGAUUAGUCUAUUACUCUAUUAUGACGGGAAGAUCAACAAUAAUAAUUAAAUAUGUUUAUUUGCUUAGCUCAUUUUUUUUUUUUAAUUUCUAGUGUAAUCACAUAUGUAAUAUCUUAUAUAUUACGGAAAUAACAAUUGUAAUAUUGUUUUGCGGUGGACAACCAAUUUGGUUUCAA